UGGAGCUGGAGCUCGCUCAUUCACAGAUUUCUAGAGAGAUCUGAGCCUGAACCGGGGAGCCGGGAGAUCUGUCUCACCCACCCAGCUCAACAGCAAGGAUACCUGCAGGGGGGGAGCAGCCCCCCCCGCCCCCCCGCCGCCCCAGGGCAGGCUGCCUGGCGCUCUGCAGUUGCCGUAGCACAACUUCUAUAGUGCUUUUAAGGAUUUUCAGGCACCAAUACUAUGAUUCCAUGCUAUCAGAUUUCUACACGUGGCUUAAUUAUCGGUGUUGGGGCUUAGAAUUCACGUUUUGCCUGCUGAUAAUUUCUGCUGCAAGAAGUUCCUCUAUUAUUGGAGAAAGCGACCUCUUUGUCCAAUAACAGCUAGAAUACUUUAUACAUGGUGACCCUUGGAGUAGUUUGUGACUGACACGGAAGUCCCUUGGAGUCUGCUGCUUUUUUGACAUGCCACGGGUCAGGCCUCACAUUCCCACAGGGAUUUGCAGUUUAUCUGUGAUUGAUGAAUACUCAAAAAGUUAAAACUGUGAUUCAGAUAAAGAUUGAAGUAACCUUGUAAGUGAUGGAAUAAACAACACUUACUUUGGAUGGAUUAUACUACACGUGAACUGACUGUUACUCCUUCUGCAAGAAUAAGAAAAGCUCUUCACUUUCAUUUGUCAAAUAUCAGCUUGAUAGCAAAAAACUUCUGAAUGGCUCACGCUCACAGCAGACCAUCAGUUGAAUGGGAUCAGCACUUCUCCUACUAAAUUAUCUGAAUUUCAGGAUUUGGAAAAGAGUGUUUCGCAGAGAUGACCCAUUUACAAGCUGGACUUAGUCCAGAGACUAUAGAGAAAGCCCGCCUGGAACUGAAUGAAAACCCAGACAUUUUGCAUCAAGAUAUCCAGCAGGUCAGGGACAUGAUCAUCACAAGGCCUGACAUUGGGUUUUUACGUACAGAUGAUGCCUUCAUCUUGAGAUUUCUCCGAGCCAGAAAGUUUCACCAAACUGAGGCCUUCAGACUGCUAGCUCAGUACUUCCAGUACCGCCAAUUAAAUCUAGAUAUGUUCAAAAACUUCAAGGCUGACGAUCCAGGAAUCAAACGGGCUCUAACAGAUGGGUUCCCCGGAGUACUGGAAAAUCGUGACCACUGCGGCAGGAAGAUUCUUCUGCUUUUUGCAGCCAACUGGGAUCAGAGUAGGAACUCUUUCAUAGAUAUUCUUCGGGCUAUCCUACUGUCCUUGGAAGUCCUCAUCGAAGAUCAGGAGCUUCAGAUAAACGGCUUCAUUCUAAUCAUAGAUUGGAGCAACUUCUCCUUCAAGCAAGCCUCCAAGCUUACACCAUCUAUCCUCAAACUGGCUAUUGAAGGGUUACAGGAUAGCUUUCCUGCUCGUUUUGGAGGAGUCCAUUUUGUCAACCAACCCUGGUACAUCCAUGCCCUGUACACGCUAAUCAAACCAUUCCUCAAAGACAAGACAAGGAAAAGGAUCUUUCUUCAUGGUAACAACCUGAACAGCCUUCACCAGCUAAUACACCCUGAAUGCCUGCCCUCUGAAUUUGGGGGGACUCUUCCUCCGUACGACAUGGGGACAUGGGCUCGAACGUUACUCGGUCCCGACUACAGUGAUGAAAACGAGUACACCCACACCUCCUACAAUGCCAUGCACGUGAAGCAUGCGUCCUCCAAUCUGGAGCGGGAAGCCUCACCCAAACCCAUGAAAAGGUCCCAGUCUGUGGUGGAAGCUGGCACACUGAAACACGAAGACCAGGGAGAAAGCGAGAACACCCAACCACUUCUGGCUCUGGACUGAGCUCCUACGCGCCCAGCACACACAGAUACGUUAACAGACUUCCACCAUACCAGAAAUCCACAGAGUACAUGACAUACAUACAAGUACACACACGCACGUGUUUUGCUUGAAAACAAGUCCAAGUCCUUCAUGUUUCUUGACCAAGUAACAACUGUCACCAGCCAUCUGUCCAUGCAGCCAACACUGAACAAAAACUGAGAAAUUUCUGUUGACACAGGAACCUGUCCAUACACAAAGAAUUUUAUUUUUUAUUUUUACUUAUGCCAUUAAAAUAUUGGAGAUGAUGGGACUUUAUUCUCUAAGAAAUCAGGGUGUGUCAGUAGAAGUUUCCUUGAAGCCUCCAGCAGGGAUGCUUGGUUUUAUAGAAGCGACGGUUAAAUAUGUUUUAAAGAAAUACAUCUCAAAUUUAAACUUUGUACUGUAAUUAGUAGUUUAACAUGGCUUAAAGGGCAGAAAUAGCAGCACUUACAGAAGGAUUUUGCAUUUAAAAAAGGAGAAAAAAAGAUCUGUGCCAGCAAAAUGCCAUUAAACAUGACACUUUGUGACUGCCGCAUCCAUGCCGCUUGUAGGGGGUCACUUAUUUCAGUAUCUAGCAAAAAUUAUUCUUAACUUAUAAAACUGUCAGCUAAGCGGGAUAAGCCGUGUGGGCAGCAGACACACAAUUUGAAAUACAAUUAUUUAGUUUUAAUGACAUGGUUUUUCCACAGGCGACUGGGGAGCCUAUUAGAUAUAUGUGUGUGUAUGUUUGUGUGCGUGUGUGAAGGAGAAGUGCUAGGGAGACCCAUUGGACGCAUUUACCAGUGAUUAAUGGUUUGAUCCAGAUUGUUUCAUUUAGGUCACAACAGCAAAUGAAAGCUCUGCAGAGCCAUUUACCCCUUUCCAUCCUGCAGUCAGUGAAAGGUAAAGCCAGAAGGGUAUGCUGACUGGAGAACCAGAUCAUGGUUAAAAUGAAAAAGGAAAACAGAAAUAAUUAUUCAGUACAAGCUUCUGCUAGAAGGAAAUGUGGAAAAAUAGAAGAACUGAAAUGCCAAAGAUCAGUUUGUUAUUUCUCUGUUUGCCCUAGCUGCAAAGAGAAUCCCAUCCCUUCACUGAAAUGGAAACCUGAUUAAAGAAAUAAAAGAAAAAUUGUUAUCAAAUUGCAUGUGCAGUGACUUUAUUUUCUGAAAAUGUUACAACCACUGUGCACACCUUCAAGUAAACUGUGAUACAUUGACAAUUUACUAGAACAAGCAUUUGGCAACAACAUCUCAAAGGCAGCAGUGUAAACCAUAUACAUAAAAUGAGAUGAUAAUAGGCGCAAGAGCUUUUAAUGUUCCUCUGUAACGUCCAUCAAAUUCAUAAGCGAUACACUCAAGAGAUUAAAUAGUUCAGCUGGACAUGGUCAGCCCUAACAGAUGGAGCAACACAUACUACCUUUAUCUAGAACACUUCAUGCUGAAAAAGGGCAGAAAGGACAUCCUGCCAGACCUUAUCAACACUUGGGAUUUAUCCACCAGUAUUUGUACAGAAUAGCCUCAUUCAGAAUAACCCUCUUCUGCAGCAGCAUGUCAUUGAUACAAAGCCUGGCCUCCGUGAUAGAUGGUGAGUCUUUAAGGCAUGGAUGGUCCCAGUGAGGCAACACAAGAGCCAGAAAAAGAAGAAGCAGUUUGCAGGAACAUUAAACAAGUAAGACAACUGAGACCAUUUAGCUUUGGGAUUUCUUCCAUUCCUCUCCCCUGACACUACCACCUAUUACAGAAAACUAUAACGUCAUGUCCUGGUAACAGGACAGAGUUCCCUUCCCGGGGCUCAUGAAGGCUCACAGGCAUUUGGAUUUGUCAUAGAAAACUUGCUUAAAGCAUAGAGUACAAAACUAAACAGCCAAAAAAAUACAGACAUUGGCUAUUAUACUGCAGCAUUCAUGAAGAAAUACUUUGGUUUACAAUUUUUCUCUGUUAAUAUACUUACCUGCACCGCCAUUGAAUUUUUGUGAUGGUGUCUUAGAAUAAUUUCAUUCGAGUGGGAAUUGUUCUGCCCAAGAAGUACAAAUAUCGCUGAAACCUAGUCCUUGAGGAUUAAACCUUGCAGAAGAUCAGAAUUCUUUAUUUUCUUUAUCUGUGACAUGAAUGAAUAUAUACGAUGCCUUGUAUAUAACUGUAUGAUGCCUGUAUCUAACCACAGAAUCCCAUACAGACUCUGUGCUAGCACGCAGGGUAACUACAGGCAGGAAGGAAUCAACCUCCUAACAUUGUGAUGAGUAUAUUACAAACAGAAGGCUAUACCACCCUUCUGUCAUUUCCCUCUGUAAAUAAAACUAAAGAAAACAAAUGUUUAAAUUGCAAUGGUUCUCCAUUUAAAAAAAAAAAAUUCCAUUCAUUUCUCCAAUUGGCACUUUUUUUAGAUGAAAUACUGGUUAGCAAGCAAGAAUACCUAAAAGACUAUACCACUUACUCCAUAAUUUUUGUAGUUUUCUGUAAGUAUACU